UGGAAGUUUUUCAACAUAACUAUUUCAUCAAAAGUAAUAAUUAACAAGAUGUAGCAUCUAUAAUGUGCAGAGGUGGCUUGACAGAUAGAGUAUAAUAUGGACACCCCUAGCCUCAGGAGUCUACUCAACGAAGUCAGGGUACUUUGAAGCCACUAACGCAGAACUCAAAACAUCGGCUCAACCUCAGAAUGCAACGAACUUCAACUGGAUAAAAAACGUGUGGAGCAUUAAAGCAGCCCCCAAGAUCCAAGUCUUUAUCUGGAAAGUACUGCAGGGAGCUCUGCCCUUAGGAGCAAUACUCCAAAGACGUGGGUUGCUAGCCAACAUGGUUACUUGUUCACGCUGCGGAGAGGCUGAAACGGCAGCACAUAUCUUCCUCCACUGCAGAUUCACGAAAAGAAUUUGGAAGGCUCUCCCUCUCAGACCUAUUGAUCUAGAUACCUUCAACUCCUUUGAACAAGCCAUUGCUAACUCAGGUAUGAUCUGCCUACCACCAUCAGGGGUGAAUGUUGAUCUAUUUCCUUGGUUGUGCUGGUGCAUCUGGUUAGCUAGGAACUCUUUGACCUUUGAAAAGCUUGACCUCUGCCCAGAAGAUAUCAUAUGCAAGACGCUACGACCAGCCAGAGAAUGGCAAGAUUCACAGCCUCCAAAGGUGGCCCAAGCCCCAAACCAGCGGAGACAAACCUCAGCUUCGGACCAGGACACAGUGAUAUGCUAUACUGAUGCAGCUUGGAAACCAUUAACCGGGGAUGCGGGCUUUGGCUGGAUCUUUCAGGACUCGACAGGGCAGACAAUCGGACAAGGAUCCUCGACAGAGCCCCAUGUGGCUUCAGCCCUUAUGGCAGAGGCCAUUGCAAUUCGUGAAGCCCUUCUACACGCAAGGACGCUCCACUACUCCAAAAUCUGCAUUCGCUCAGAUAAUCAGGUGCUUACUAAAGCGCUCAACUCGAAGCAACAUCCUGUGGAAAUCUACGGAUUAACACUCGACAUCGAGACUCUAUCAUCCCUAUUUUCUUCAAUGCAAUGUUCCUUUAUCUCUAGAUCUCUAAAUAUUUCGGCUGAUAAACUUGUAAAAUCAGCCUUGUGUAACUUCAACUCUGCUUUGCCUUAG